UUGAAGGCAGCAUAGUUUACGGCCUGGGCAUGCGCAUUAGCGCAGUGAGAACAAACCACUGAAGCGCCGGAAGGUCCAGAGGAUUUAACCUAGCGGUUCUUGAAAUUUAUUAUUUAUUUUGGUGGCUAUCUUUGGUACAACAUUUAUUUUUCACUGGUCUAGCAUCAGAAAUGGCCCGUGGGCACCAGAAGUUCCAGUCCCAGCAGAAGAAUGCCAAAAAGCAGGCAGACAUCAAGAAGAGCAAAGGCCAUGACCAGAAGGCAGCAGCUAAGGCUGCCUUAGUAUACACGUGCACAGUGUGUCGGACACAAAUGCCCGACCCGAAGACCUUUAAGCAGCACUUUGAAAGCAAACAUCCAAAGUCCCCAAUGCCCCCGGAGUUGGCCGGUGUGGAGGCGUAACAGAUUCACCUCUCUUUCAGUAAGACAGUUGGGGUUGAUUCAGGACAGGCUUCUACAUUUUGCGAUGUUUCAGAUAAAAUGUUCAGUACAACGUCAAUUAUUCCUCAUGCUGGAUGGUACUACUGCCUGCCAGUAGUACCAUCUUUAUUUCAGAUUGGGUUUUUUGGAAAACUAUCCUCACUUGCCAGAAUUUGAUCCAGUGCCAAUAUACACGGCAGACAGCUACCCUCCCUUGGCUUGUGCUAAAAAAAAAUGUAUAUGUUCCAUCUUUGAUUGUAUGCAAUAUUUCUAUCUGAUCAUUUCAAAAUGUUAUCCUCACAAGACCAGCUUGUUCAUGGGCUCUACCACCAUUACACCAUCUCAGGGCUCCCACUGUUUCAGGACAAGCUUUGAAUUUAGGAGAAACUAUGAAUUGGCACUGGCUCAGCUGAACAAAGUUGUAAUACUAAGAUGAUACUUGGAAGUAAUCACCAUCCAAAUCCAAUGUACUGUGAAACCCAUUAUGGAUUUUUGACUGAAACUAAUUUGUGAUGUGCCAGGGUUGGUGUCAGAAGUAUAGUUUAUUCAGAAUGACUUUGGCGUUCAUAAUGUGCUUGGAAAGAAACUCAUUCAAAACCACUAAUAAUGUUAUUUUGAGUAGAUUCAAAUUUACUUCCAAUCUGCACUGAUUUCUUUUCAUUGCCUAGAUAAUUUCAAAAAUUUCAGGACACGUCUGUAGUUUUUGUUGAUAUGAAGAAUAUAUUAAACACAUUGUGCUACACGGGUAAUGAAAUUAUGUGCAUUGCAUUUUACCCUCAGAUUUUCAUGAAAUGUAUCUAGUUCAUGUCCACUAUGUAACUUUCUCAUGCAGCAGAGAUGUAAAAGUUGACCAGAGAGGGCACUGCAAGUCUACUCAUAGCAAACCCUUCAAUGACACAAUUUCUUCUACUCCUCCUUUCAUAGAGCAAUGUGAUGACUGCAUGAGACAUUUAUCUUUCACCCUGUUAGAAGUGGUCUGAUGAGUGAAUAAGGGUAAAGAUAAAAGUUUGCACUGGUUGUUUGUAAAUGAUAACGCUAAUGAGUUACUCCCAGUUUGUCAUUGUAAUAAGAAGUAUGUGGCAUAAUUGUGUGCACCCCUAUAGUAUUUGAUAAUGAUUUAGUUCAUCACUAUGGUAUGUUGCAGUGUAACCUGUCUCACACUGUCAUCUCAAUGGCAUACGGGAAAAUAAUCCCAAAUGCAGUCUCGCACUCUUUAGUUUUAUCCCGUCAUGACGGUGCAAAAGUAUUUCGACUUUGAACCCGCAUUAAAAGUCUGAACUACAUUACACUGUAAGUUAGCUUUGGUUCUUAUUUUUAUAUUUGUUUCUUUUCAUAGCAUGCUAACAGAGAAUUCAUUUAUAGAAAGGAACUAUUUUCAAUACAUUUGGACCUACUGGUCAUUAACCACUGACAUUGUAUCACUGUGCUAAAGUCUGGACUGACAACCAGCCAUGUUUUUACUUUUGUAAUAAUCAUAUCUUUGUCCACGCAAUGUUAUAUAUAGCCUUUUAAUAAAGGUGUUACUUUUAUAUAAACCAUUA